AUGAGGGUGUCGUUGUUGGAGAGGCUAAACCUCACGCGCAUAGACUAUAUGCGGCAGGCGGAAGAGCUUGCAGACUUCGCGCAGUCGACCGAGAUAGACCUGCGCGGGAAGAAUAUCGGAAAGGACGUGGUUAAUACCGUCGGAAAUGGACGCCGAGCCUAUUUUAAGACCCGAACACACAAUCGCAAGGACCGUCGAGAUAUGCGCACGUGCUACAUAUGUGGAAAGCCAGGACAUUUAAAGAUAGCGUGCCCCGAGGGCAGCGCUGAGACAAGAGCGACGGAUGAGGUUGACUUCGUUUUGGCCAUAGGCGGAUCAAGUGUCAAGGAAGAUUACUGGAUCCUCGAUAGCGGAUCGAGUCGACACCUAGAUAAUGACGCUUCAUUACUGGAAGACCCCGAAAACACAUCAGCGAAAAACCUCGAGAAAUACAUAAUUUCGUAUGGACUAUUGGAGAGUAAAGGGUGUGGAAUAUCAUACCGGGGCGAGUACCGUGUGUUAGUCGCAUUGGACGAAGGGCCAGCUGUUUUUGACGUGGGAAUACACAAUAACGUGUUGGUCGUGCGUGCACAAAAAUGCGAACUAGAUAUGACGGGACGUGACGUGCUGAUGUCAGCACUUGCACAAUACGAGGAGGACGUCGGACAAGAUGUGCAGAAAGGAUCGCUAAAGCACUUUUUUAUACGGCUUGCGCAUCUUAAUUACGACAACAUAAUUAGGAUGGCCAAGGAUCCCGUAUCAGGAAUACAGCUAACGGAUGAGCUGCGGGCAAACUGCUUGGCUUGCGACCAAGGGAAACAGACCAAGAACCCGCAUUCUCGAAAGGACACUAUAAGAAAUGCACCGAUCGAAGUGAUUGGAGGAGUUACAUGCUCCGACUUGAAGGGACCGAUGACUCCACGGGAUAUGUUGGGCAACCGCUACAUGGUGAAUUUUAUCGAUCAUCAGACAAACUACUGUCGUAUUUUAUUGGCAAAGGUUAAGGAUGCCGCAGCUCAGAAGUUCAAGCACUUCAUGGCUUUUUUUGAGCGACAAUUCAAUUGUCGCAUUCACGUUUUAAGGACGGACGGUGGAGGAGAAUACAAGACUUUGGAGCUAUUCUGCAAGGACACUGGCAUUGCGCACCAGGUGAGCGAGCCACGUAAUUAA